AUGAAAAUCGCACCUCUUUCCCCUCCACGCAGCCUGUCGUACGGUGGGAAGUACGAGCGUAAAUACCACCAUGGCCAUGCCCCGUUUAAUAAAAGAUUGGCCAAGCGAAGCACGUUGCCCUCGCUUAAUAGUGCUACUAGCACUGCAAGCACAACUGGUGCCAGCACCUCCAGUGCUUCCACUUCUGGCACCUCUCUGGAAACCCAAGAAUCAGAGACGUUUUUUACUCUGUCGGCCACCAUAUCUUCGUCGAUGGCAACGAUUGACAUGACCACGCUGGUGAGCAACUCGACGACAGCCAUGCCCACGGUUUCGACGACUUCGUCAUCCUCGUCCACAACGUCUACAUCAUACACGUACCAGGCCACCGUGCCCACAGACAACGCUGAGAACCCAUACAUAAGCAGAGAGUCGCUCCCUGUGAACUCCGUGUUCAUAAUUGUGGGUGCUUUGUUGGGCGCUCUCGCGCUAGGCAUUGUUCUGUCGUGGCUCGUCGUGUGGUGGAAGAGCAGAAAACGAGCCAAGAGGGAGAAAGAAGUGCAGUAUUACAAUCCGUUCCACUACGACAACAGCUCCAACAGCUCGGCGACGCACUUGUUGGCGGGGUCCCUGGGCUCGUCUUUCUUGGAGAAAUCGACGGCCUCGGUCAACACCAUGUUCUCCGACCCCACAAGCCUAGGCAUGGGCACCUCCACGCCCGGCCGCUCCUACCGAGAAAUGCUGAAUUCCAUGGGCAGACGAGGCUCCAUGACGAUCAGCCCGGUCUUGGAGAUGAUGCGCUCGUCGGCAUCUAAUCUCGAUCUCCCCUUGUUUCACCCGGCGCCGGACGCUCCGGUGAGUAUGCCCCGCACGCCCGUGGAAAUAUCAGGGCAGUCCAACCCCACGUCGAGGCCGCCGUCGCGGGUCCUAGAUGAUAUGCUUGCGGCAAUCGAGUUCUCUGCUGACUACCCCGAAACUCGCGAGAAUACGGAAGGAGGCCCGUUGGCACCGCAAGACACGAAUGUUUCCUGA